CUCCCUCUCACACUCGAUCCUCCGGCCGGUCGGCCAGCCCUGGCUGGCGACCAUUUAGAUUGCCGCGUAGUCUUUUCACGGGGACAAAGAAAAGUAACGAAUCCCGCUUUCAAUCAAACCACAAGCGCACCUCUCUCAAAGCAGUGCGCGAAUUAGCAGAAAGCGUCUUGAACGCAUAGGAACAAACGCUCGAUUGAGGUAAGCUGUGCGCUGUGUCCUGGUAAAACGUGUAUAGGGUGAGAUUGCCCUCUGAUCUUUGAAACUGGACAACUGAAUGCAGGCGAGAGAUGGAUAGAGUAAAAUGGGGCAGGGGGACAAUAGAAGGAGGAAAUCAACGAUCCAGACUCACAGAGGUAUCCCCUGAGGGUGAAGCGAUGCUGUUGCACCUUUGCGACUCAGAGCCGAAGGCAGCCAUCACCAUCCGACGCCACCAGCGAGUUAGACCAGCAAGCGGUGACUAAGAUGCAGCUGGGAACCCGAGCCGCAAACCGCCUUGAGGAAGACUGUAUUCUUGAUUUAAUUUAGUACUUGCCCCGGCAAGACCAGGGAGAGCAGGGAUCAAGCGUGCUUUGCAGUUCGCAGCUGGAACGCCGAUCGCAAAGCCAUGCAGCCAGGCGCAAAGCCCGUGAGCGACACCCUGGAGGGCUGGGUGAAACUUCUUGAUGGAAACAGCAUGGCCGCCGAACCUUGAGGUCACGCACACUCGCAUAGCUAGAACCACGCCCCGCAACGACAGGACUGCACGUGCUCCGAAGGUGAACCCCGCGAAGCGAAAAGAAUCUCCUCGACGCGAGGAGCCGCAUGUCUGGGCACUUCAUGACGAAUAUGAGACAAUUCGACUAUUACAACAAAAACCACUCGCGCGCUGCCGGCUGCUGGGCGUCGCCGCUGAACUCCGCCGGCUGCCCCGACCCGGAGGAGGCGCCGUUGCUGGAAGCGGCACGCCGGCUGGGUGCUCUUGGACGAUGCCAGCCAUGUACCAGACCGGUCCGAUGCACGCGCGGCGGUGUCCAUCGAGCUGGCCUAGGCGAUCCAAAUUCUAUCAAUGUCCCUGCUCAGGCCCCGAACCUCGUCGCGAGGGGCCAGAGCGGGGUUAUGGGUAAAAUUCGGGCCUCCAAGGCCAUGUUUUUCGCUCCACACGCUGCUGCAUCUGGCGCCCCCAGUGGUGGUCAGCAACAGGGGUAUGGAUCGCACGCCGAUCGCCGAUGGGCUGGACUGCAUGGCUGCCACCGUCCGCUGCUUGCGGGAGCCCUGCCCCGACCCCGUGCGAGCGCUCGUCGACGGGGCCCGGCGGGCGGCCGCCCUGCCGGCACUGCCCUCCCCGGGGCGCGCGGCCGCCGCC